AAUGUUUUUAUUGUGUGAAGUGACUUUGGCCUUCAGUUAUUCUUACCAUAUUUACGUACAUUUGUGCAAAUCAAAUCGAAUUUGAUUACUCACUCUAAUUUGUGUUAAUAUUUUAACUGAAAUUUGUGAUUUAUCUCAAACAAACAAUAAAGAAAGAUGUUUCUUACUCGUUCUGAAUAUGAUCGUGGUGUGAACACCUUCAGCCCAGAAGGGAGGCUGUUCCAAGUGGAAUAUGCCAUAGAAGCGAUCAAGUUAGGCUCGACAGCAAUCGGUAUUUGCACUUCUGAAGGUGUGGUGUUGGCUGUUGAAAAGAGAAUCACCUCACCUUUGAUGGAGCCUACUACUAUAGAGAAGAUAGUGGAAGUGGACCGUCAUAUUGCUUGUGCUGUAUCUGGAUUAAUGGCUGAUUCCAGAACACUGGUAGAACGUGCAAGAGUUGAAUGCCAGAACCACUGGUUUGUGUACAAUGAGCGCAUGAGUGUGGAGUCUUGUGCUCAGGCCGUAUCCAACCUCGCAAUACAGUUUGGUGACAGUGAUGAUGACAGUGGUACAGCUAUGUCCAGACCAUUUGGAGUCGCUGUUAUGUUUGCAGGUAUUGAUGAGAAGGGUCCUCAGUUGUUCCAUAUGGACCCCAGUGGCACCUUUGUGCAGUAUGAUGCUAAGGCAAUUGGUUCAGGCAGCGAAGGCGCUCAGCAGAGUUUAAAGGAAGUUUAUCACAAAUCUAUGACAUUGAAGGAAGCUAUUAAGUCAGCUCUCACAAUUUUGAAACAAGUUAUGGAGGAGAAACUGUCUGAGAACAAUGUGGAGGUUGUGACCAUGACGCCAGGUUCAAUGUUCCACAUGUUCACCAGGGAGCAGCUUGCCGAGGUUAUUAAGGAUAUACCUUGAGUUAGCUGUAUUAUGUAUAGUUGAUGGAUGGUGUGUUCCUAUAAUCUGCUUUUUGUAACUUGGCACAUUUAGUAAAUAAUUUUGGCAACUAUUUCUGAAAAGAAAGAGGUUCUCAAUUAGCUAUAUUUUUUAUAACGCCUUUUCAAACUUUUCUAACGCCGCAAGAGCCAUAAUAGUUUCAUCUUGGUAAGGGUGAGGGGAGUGAGUACAGAUGGCAUUCCAAUAUGUGGGGGAAUUUACUGUCUUUCCUCAUCAAUGUGUUUUGAUGACUUUUUUUUUUGCAAUGGUUUGCUCUGGCCUCUUACAGAAUUCAUUGCGAUUGAAUUUAUUUUGUUGUUAAAUUAUUACUGGAAUUUAACAUUGGAAAAUAAGACAGAUAAAACAUUAUAAUCUACUAAGCAUAUAUUAGCUGUAAUGGCAAUGUGAUGGCCUUAUAUUUCAAAAAUCCUUGGAAGUAAGAUAUGACAAGAUUGAUUACUGAAUGUACUGCCAUAUUAGAGAAAGCAGAGUAUAGGAUUAAAUAUGAUUUUUUUUCUAAAAUUGCUAUUUAUAAGUAAUGUGAAAUGAAAAUUGUGAACUUAUAAGAUUCAAUCAUCAAAGGUGUCAUUAGUAAAAAAUAUAAAAUUAUCUGUCAUUUUUCAAAAUUAAUUGAUUUUAUAAUAAUGUCUAAAAUAGAUAUAAUUAACAUAAUGAAACUAAAUCACGCCUGAAAUCUACAGUAGAGUAUGUAUUUUGAGUAUGUAGUGUUUGAAGUAAAUUGUAUUUUUAUAGAGAUGAGUACAAGUACUAAUAUGUAUUUUAAAAUAUAUAAUGGUGCUCAAAAAUGUAUUGCAAAUACUUUCCAUACAAAUAUUAUUAAUGUAAAAAAUAAUUCUGACCAUACAUACCGUCUAUGUGGUUGUUAUGGUAAAAAGGAUGCUCUAUGAUUACAAAGGUGGAAUUGUAUUUCUGUAUACACUUUACCAAUGAUGAAAUUCAUUAGAAAAAUAAAACAAAAUUUAUUAUCAAAAUAUUUUUAAAACUGUUUCAGUCCACUGAUUCCUCACCAUUUAUUUGCAAUUUUGCAGUUCAUUUUUAAACAUCCUAAACAUAGUUAUUAUAUAAUUAUAGUUGUAAUAAUAUUAAAAUCAUGUUUUACUUUAUUUUGCGUAAUUAUUGUAUAUUAUAUACAGUAAGUAUAAAGUUGAAUAUCAUUUUUGUAUUUAUAAUAAUUUUGUAAAUGACAUUCGUAUUUCUUAAGUAGUUUGGUAUCAUUGUAAUGCAAUUUAAUUCAAAUAUUGCAAACGGAUGUGUGCGGUGCGGUGACAGCAAUUUUGGAUCUUAUAGUAAGUAUUCAUGGUUUAAUAAAAAAAUCAAACAUAAAA